AGACUUUUUCAUCACGUGUUUUGUACUUUACACACUUGAGUAUAAAUAAUGUAAAAUAACAUCUCUGAGAGUGAGAGAUAAUUUCCAACUGGCUGACUGUUCAUACAAACUGCCAAGUUUAAAUUCUUGUAAAAUACAAUAAAUACAACAAUAUGUAUCUCUAAUUUUUUAAAACGUUUUGAUUAUGCUUUGCAAUGGACAAUUAUAAUAAUAAAGUCAUAACACUGCUCUAUGAUGCUUUGGUUCUAGUGCGAUAUCCUGGAAUAGCUCAGGUUGAUAUUCAAAAUUUCAAGACCUGUAUUCUUAGUGAAAAUAAUAGAUUUUUAUUGUUACGGUGGCUUUACAUACAAGGUAUAAAUAAAAUUAAUAACUUAGGAUACAAAAGUUUAAAUUACAGCCAAGAGACGGAAGAAACGAAUACACUUGCAUUUGACGAAAGAUUUCUUAUGAAUUGGUAUUCUCAAUCAGGCAUUUGCACAAGUGAAGAAGCAUUGCGGGUACGAUAUACGGCUUACAGUUAAAUAAUGACUAUGGGUCAGUGUCAAUUAAAACAUCAAUUAGAUACUUUAGUUAGUUUAACUGCUUACAUCAUAAAUGUAUUACACUCGGAAAUAGAUGUUUUACCUGGAUCAGUAUGGAAUCUUGCUGAAAAUUAUUUUGUUAACCCACUACAUCUUAUUCCAUUAUCUUACAAUAUAAAUAAAAAUCUUAAAAUUGAUCAAGUUAAACAGUAUUUAAAAAAUAUUCAAGAAGGUAGUAAAGAUCAAUGUGAAUUUCAUACGGAACCCGUAAAAAAAAAACUAGAGAAUUUUAUGUACGAAAAUGAGACUAGUAAUGAUAGAAAAAUUGAAAACCAGGGUAAUAAGAAAAUUCCGACAUGUGCUUUGAUGGAGUUUAGCAAAAAUUUCGAAAGCUUUGAAGAUGGCAUUAAUCCUAAAAUUCCAUUUGAAAACACAAAGGGACCUGAUAUAUUAGUUGGUAAUAUAAAUACUAAACUCUCCGACUUGAAUAAGGUCUUACACGCACAAAGAAAAAUAUGCAGUAAUGAGUUUCCGGCACAGUUAAUUAUGCAAAAAAGCUCAUUAGAUUUAAUGACUGAAAACAUCAUUGUUAAAAUCGAUAAUCUUUCUAAAUUACGUUGUGGUAAAUAUUAAAAUGCCAAAAUGCUUUGUACUUUUAAACGGGAUAUAAUUGUUAUUCCGUAAUAAAUAUUUUUUAUAAAUUGGAAUGUUCAAUAAAAAAUAAUAAUAUAUUUU